AUGAAUAGAUAAAGGUUCAAAACAAAAACACUCUUCCACACACUUUCUCCACCUCUGUUCCCAUUUUAUGAUCUUCUUCCUCACCCACUAUGGUUCGAGGAGAUUCAGAGGUUGAAGCCAUGUACGAACCUCACACUCACAGCCACAGCCACCAUAGAUCCAAACGGGGGAACGCUAAUCUAGCUUCAUGCAUCGUAGCAACCAUUUUCUUGCUCCUCAUCGCCUUUGGAGUAGCCAUCGUCUACUUCCUCGUCUUCAAGCCAAAGAACCCCAAGAUCGCCGUCGACUCCGUUCAGUUCCCUACGUUUUCGAUCUCCAACGGCACCGUCAAUUUCACCUUCUUCCAGUUCGUCUCCGUCACAAACCCCAACCGUGACGCCUUCACUCACUACGACAGCUCACUUCAGCUUGCCUACUCGAAUGCACCUGUCGGAUUCAUUUUCAUCCCCGCCGGGAAAAUCGAUGGCGGUCAUACACAACACAUGUCGGCAAAAUUCGCCGUUGAGUCUUUUCCUAUUCCCGCGAGACCGCCGCCGGUGACAGCGGAGGCGAUUGGUGGUGGAUCGGAAUUGGGAAUGGACGGAGCGACAAUGGAGAUCGAGACAAGGAUGAAAUUGGUUGGUAGAGUUAGGGUUUUGAAGAUUUUCACUCACAGAGUUGAAAGCGGGGUGAAUUGUGGAGUAGUGAUUGAGGUAAGAAGUGGAUCUGUGCUAGGGCUUCAUUGCUAGCUUAGCGUUGAUUUCUGGUUGAUCGAUUCGUAUCUUUUGUGUUGAUUCGGAAUUAAUUCCAAUCCCUAAUUGUAUAUAAUGAUUAAGAAUCUGCUUUUAACGCCACUUAAUCAAUCAAAAAGUGCUGUUUUUGUGCAUAAA